CCCCCUCCCUCCUCCUCCGCCGCCUCCCUCCCCCCUCCGCUUCCCGCCUCCGAGAAUGGUUUUGAUUCAAACUACUCGCAAUGGGAUUCGAUCACCGCCAAGUUCGCCGCCGCUGCAAAUGUGCCUUUCCUCCUCCUUCAACUACCUCAGAUUGUACUCAACGCUCAGAAUCUCCUCUCCAGCAACAAGGCCGCUCUCUUCGCCGUCCCCUGGCUCGGGAUGUUGACUGGAUUGCUCGGAAACUUAUCUCUUUUAUCUUAUUUCGCGAAGAAGAAGGAGACAGAGGCGGUCGUGGUACAAACCCUGGGAGUGAUCUCGACUUACGUGGUGAUCGCACAGCUGGCGAUGGCGGAAUCGAUGCCGCUGCCUCAUUUUGCUGUGACCUCGGCGGUUGUAAUCUCGGGCCUGUUCUUGAACUUCUUGAAUUACUUCGGGUGGUUGAGCGAAGGGGUUUGGAGGGCUUGGGAGGAUUUUAUCACUAUUGGGGGACUCUCUGUUCUUCCUCAGGUGAUGUGGUCGACAUUUGUUCCCUUUGUACCGAGUAGCAUAUUGCCAGGGAUGAUUGCUGGUAUUGUGGCGGUUGCAGCUGUCUUUAUGGCACGAGCAGGGAAGCUUUCUGAGCAAGGAACAAAGCUUGUUCAGUCAACAUCUGGAUGGACUGCCACUUUACUUUUCAUGUGGAUGCCUGUUGCUCAGAUGUGGACAAAUUAUCUAAAUCCAGAUAAUAUCAAAGGCUUAUCAGCUUUCACGAUGUUGCUUUCUAUGCUCGGAAAUGGUCUCAUGAUCCCGCGUGCCUUGUUCAUUCGCGACCUUAUGUGGUUCACUGGUUCUGCCUGGGCAUCUUUUCUACAUGGGUGGGGUAACCUGCUCUGCAUGUAUUGUUUCAGAAGUAUCAGCAAAGGAUUUUUCUUGGCAGCAACACUUGGAUUUUCUAUGUGGAUAGGACUGACUCUCUGGAGAGAUACUAUAGCAUGUGGAAACAGAUCUCCUAUGAAAUCCUUGAGGGAAUUAGUUUUUGGGCCAUGAUGCGAUUUGCUAUUGAGGUGAUACUUCGGUAUAGGUAUUCUGGACUGUUGAUCACUGGAUACUAUGUUUCUCCUGGAGAUUAUAAAAAAUAAAAACAAUUAUUGCCCAUGAUGGAGGUGAUUCCAGGAGCUUGUUCUAACAAUUGUACUUAUGUCUGCUUCCAGGUAAGCUUCACUCAGCCAUAAUACCAAGGGCUAUACGCAGAGGUUUUGUUGCUCUUGUACUUGUAUAACAGAUGUAUGUCCAUAGAGCUAUAUUGUUUCGUUGAUCGAUGUAAUAAUAACUGAAAAAAGUAUGUAGAAUAAAAUUUCUUUCUAGUACCAA